AUGACGAUGCAGUGUCUCCUUCUCGCCAUCCUAAUGGCUUCCAUCUUCCACAUGGCCUCCUCCGCAAGAGGGACCAUCUCAGACAACUCGACAAUAGGGGUAGAUUCUAUCGGAACAGCGUACGAAGUCCUCGAGGACAACGGUUUGCCACCGGGCCUCCUCCCACUAGGCGUGGAGUCGUACACACUCAAGGGAGGUAAUCUGGCGGUGACUCUCCCAAACACGUGCGAGUUCUCUGUCCCGAUAGCUGGCAAGCAAUACAAGUUUCGCUAUGAUAGUACCAUUGGAGGGGUUCUCCAGGAUGGAUCAAUAAGCCGUGUGUAUGGUGUGAGGUUGCAGGUGGAGUUCGCGUGGCUUGGACUCAGCCAGAUUCAGCACCUCGGUGACCAGCUCAAGCUCCAACUUGAGACAUCCACACAGUCAUUCCCCGCUAGUGCCUUUGCACUGAGCCCCAGAUGCAACUGA